GUCACUGUGACUUCUUUUGGGUGCGUUCUUGUAAGCAGCAGUGUUUGCCUACUUGAAUCCCACUAUCACAUCUGCCCGGUGGUACUACUCUGCUGUGUUGUGCAAACACCGAUAAGCCCCGAGCAGGCAAACCUCCAUUUGUCGACUAGCCCGUGUGUCUGUGGUACAAUAAAAGUCAACUCGAGCAACACAACGAGUCACUUGGGUACACCGAGUCGCGGCGGCAAAAGGGUUGUGGUACAUAACCCCAUAAAAGAAGUCCCAACCCGCCAUAAAAUGAAUCUGCAUUUCCCCUUCGUACUGUGCUAAUGGUACGGUGACCGACCCGCACCCAAGAGACAUAGAGGAAAGGGAGUGUGAGAGAGUGUGCAUGUGUGGUAGGUGUAGCUAUAGCACAAAGACGGCUAUUUACAUUUUGAACCUUCAAUUAUUGGAUUCUAGCGCCGAUCGGUGUCAUUGCUCCGGAUUGUUUUCGCGUGCUCCGGUUGGUUGGCUGGCGUAAGGCGCGGGGAAGACUGUGUGUGUGUGUCUGAGGAGUGUAUGAUGCGAUUUCCAUUGUGUUUCUCGGACGGGGUGGCUGAGGGUGAUUCCACUGACGCACUGACGCACUCCGGCGGUACUCCGGAUUGACGUACGUCCGUUGGAAUUGGAUUGCUAUGGGUUUAUGGGCAUUAACCCUCAAGCUGGCAGCAAAUCCGAAAUUCGAUUUCGAGUAGGUUUGCGAAAGGAAAUCGUGAAAUCUGGCUUAACAGCUCCAUCAGAGUGGGUCUGUUUGACGUCUUAUAUAGAGAUCAGCGAGGUAGCUGUCAAUAGAAAUGAGGCACUAAAACUCCAAGGGUUAAACACGGAUUCCAAAUGAAUCAAAUACUGUAUAUAUUAUACUCUCGGCAUCAUUUGUUGAGAACUUCUGUUAGUGGAAUAUCUAUGAUCCAGGUUUCUUGCUUGCUCAAGUUAAAGCUCCUCAAGUUCCAACGAAAUGUGAUACCGCGAAGGGUUAAGAGCCCUGCAGUAGGGCGCGCCUUCCCACAAGCGCUUGGAAUGAAAACUCCACCAAGAUGCGGUGGUUCAGUUUUCCUCUCCCCGAACUCCAACACCAAAGCUCAACUCUGACGUCAAUGGAGGAGAGCUGAAACCUGCUGCAGCAGCAGCUACCACUUUAAGUGGCACGUCCAUGUCCGCGGGUGUAGUGUAAAUUCGAUAAUUUAGCAACCGUCCGCUUCGCACACCGCCAGUCCCUCCCUCCAUCUUGCUUGAGCUUUGCUCUGGCGUCCGUAGGAGAUUUCUUGCACGGUUGAUUUGAGUCGAAUGCGCAUGCAGCAGUAGCACCACGACGCACGAUGUGUGGUAGGAAAUAUUGAAAGGGGGGGGGGGGGGGGGGGCUGGUGUGUUAUGCAAUUAUUUUAUUAUUUUGAGGUCAAUAGCUGGAAAUGCGCGCACACACACAGCCGGGGCUCGCUACUAAACGAGUAACGUGCGUCAUCGGUGUGCCAUUGAGAGCGCCGAUUGGAGUGGUCCGAACCUGAUCAGCAAACUGAUCAGCAAGCUGAAGCAUUGCUUAAUGAUCGGCGAUCGGAUCUCUCGGACUCGGAGGUUUUCUCUCUCUAUCUCUCUCUUUCUGUUUCUCUCAGAAGGGGGAAACUUAAUACUCUUCCCCGGUGUGGCCGGUGGACACACACUUUUCCUUGAUGGUCCUGAUUGAUGGAUGUUUUAAUUUGCUUCGUUCGUUUGCGUUGGAUGAUUGAUCGGUAAUGCUUUCCGUUUACCUUGGACCGAAAUAGAAUUAAUGAAAAUUGAGGGUUUCUUUUUAGUACACACAAAGAAAGAUGUGAAAGGUCCUUUUCCAUUUACUACUGUUUAUUUUUAGUUAGUUUUAUAUUUCUGUGAUUUAUUAUUAUUUCCCUUUGUUUUUAUUCUUUCUGUGCCAUUUCUGUUUAUGUCUUUUGUUAUUAUUCCUUUCUCUAUUAUUCCUCUUUCUAAUUUUCUUCUUAUUCUUCUUCUUCUUCUUCUUCUUCUUCUUCUUAUUCUUCUUCUUCUUCUUCUUCUUCUUCUUCUUCUUCUUCUUCUUCUUCUUCUUCUUCUUCUACUUCUUCUUCUUCUUCUUCUUCUUCUUCUUUUCAUUCUACAUUUUUUCUGAAUGUUUAGGCUUAUGACUUAGGUUAUUAUUCAGGUUUUGGUUCUUCUCACUAUUUAUUGACCGUUCCUCAUUUACGUUUCAAUCGUUCACCCGAUUUAUUGGCAUUGUCGCAGCAUUUUUGGAACAAAUAACUCCAACAUGUUUUGAAACGUCCAAUAAAACCGUGAGACGAAUCCAAACAAUUUCAAGAAACAACCAAAAAUACGGAAAAUAGUCAAAACCCCUAGGAAGCUCUGUACACAACUAGAAAUCACAGGCCUCAUUUUUUUCCUAUUCUGUAGAAACGAUUGAUGUUCCAAUUAGAUUCUAAUGUUCAAAUUAGAUUGGCUUACGAUUAAUUACGCUGAAGCUUUCUGAUUGGUUUUCCGAAGACUGAUAACGAAUGAGUGACUUUUUCAAACAAAAGUAGAUGAUGGAUGAGUUGACAGAUUGUUAUUUAUUAGUCCCACAAGUCCUGCAAGUCCUACAACAUCGAUAAGGAGCAUGAUGAAAUCGUAAAUGUAUAACCUCCUCCUUAAUGCUACACACACGAUUGUGCUCCUAAACCGUUUGAUGUUAAUCUCGCGAUCCUCCAUUACAGCAUCAUCCCGAGCAGCAGCACGCUUCGAAUCGUUCGCUUCACCUCUAUCAGCAGCUGAUCGGAAACGGUCCACUAAACGUGCGAAAACGAUCAGAUUAAGUAACGGCCGUAUCAUGCGCACGAAUCGGCGGCCACGCACAUAAGCCACCACCAACCUCAUCAUCGAUCUCUCUGGUAGUUGGAAAUGAUCCGACCGGCUAGACUCGACACACAGAAAGCUAGCUGGCUGCCCUUUUGUUUUUGCGGGGUUUGAUAAUGCACACAACACACACACACCCCAAUCGGUCGCCGUUUGUUGUUUCUGUGGCGCUCAUGUUGCAAAAAUUGACGUCAAUCGAAAGGGAGGGGGCUGAGGGUUUUGUUGUUUAUUGUUUCUUGUGCUUUCUGUGGUGUGUUUUUGCUUUCGAAAGUCCCAUUAUCUGGAGCACCGAGAGAAAGAGACACAGGACAGAGCAUAAAAAGCAACAAACACUUGACAAGUCGCGCGAUCCGAGCAGUUCCAAUCAGCCAGCCAAUAAGCAUGGAAAGAAACACACCCGUGCCGUUGGGGGAAAGCCCUGCCCGUGGCGAUAGUGCUCGAAUCACAGGGAAAGACCCACACAGCCAAAGCGGGGAAUGCCGGGGGCAUGUCCCGGGAUAAUGUCAGCUGUAAUCAGAACCCUUUGCUGUGCUGACUUUAUAAAUAACUGUAAUCAUUUGGGGGAUUGUACCCACCCCGAGUGGGGGGAGUACACCGUGUCCAAGGUUAAUUAUGAUGAUGGGCCGGUGUGUUUUUACAUAGGUCGCGACCUUAAUAUCAGACAACAAGUAUCAAUAACAAAUGGUGUUUUGAAUUAUUAAUAGAUAUCCCUUUUUCACCUUCGCGGUGACUUUUCGCCUCAUUUCGAAGGUGUCAUCCCGAUGGAAACGUUACUUUGAGCGUACGAACGAUCCGAAAAGAUGCAAAAAAUCACCUUCAAAGGACUAACGCAGCGUGUGAUUGAUAAGAACGGGGAAUUCUUCAAGGCUCGUCCAUCUUUUCGUGCCGAAUUCCAAUGCCGUAGUUGGUUCGGCAAACAGUUGCGAGGGCUUUGCGACAUUACGGCCCUGCACGGGUACAGCCAGAUCGUGCGCGAUGGAUACAGCAUGGUGGAACGGACCGUGUGGACCUGUGCCGUCGUUGCGUCGACUAUCAGCGCCAUUACGCUGCUCAUGAUCUCGUGGUCUUGGAGCGUCGAAACACCGACCGUAACGGUUACCGAGUCGACGAACUAUCCAACCUGGAAUCUUCCCUUUCCCGCCGUGACGGUGUGCAAUCUGAACAAGAUCUCGGCAUCGGCCGCCCGGUCCCGCGCCGAGACGAUGCGCCGCCCGGGCAACAUGACGGUGGACGAGCUGACGGAGAUGUUUCGGUUGUUUCUGCACGUGACCGGCCUGGGGGAUCCCGACCCCGUUCGCUACCGACUCCUGCACGACAUUAUGCUGAUGAACAAUCUGGAGAUACCGCAGCUGAUAGGUGAAUUCACCCCGCCCUGUGGCACACUGCUCGAGCGCUGCAUGUGGAAGGGUACGCAGUGGCGCUGUGACAACCUGUUCCAGGUGGUGAACAGUACGGAAGGGUUGUGCUGCUCCUUCAACUACUACGGACUGCUGAAGGACAACUAUCCGAAGAAGAUCACCGUGAGUGUGCCGAAGGAUCCGAGACGUGUGAUGGCGAGCGGGUACCAGACGGGCCUGUCGAUACUGCUGCAACCGCUUGCGGAAGACUACCACUCGACCGAUGUCGCCUCGUACGGGUUUAAGGUGAUGAUCCACAGCUCGUACGACUAUCCGGAUAACGAUGCGGAAAUUAAGCUCGUGUUGGCGGGGACGGAAUCGUUCAUUACGCUCAGGCCGACGGCAACGUACGCCACGGACGAUGCGCUCGAUGUGGCGCCCGCGGUGCGCAACUGCUACAGCCGGCAGGAGCGCGUGCUCGGUGUGAUGCAGCGCUACUCGUACGUGAACUGUAUGGUGGAGUGUCGGGCGGCAAACAUCUACGCCAAGUGUGGCUGCGUACCGUACCAUCUGCCGAACAAUGGGUCGAUGCGCAACUGUGAGAUGAAGGACAUGGAGUGUGUGGUACGUGCGCGAGAUCGCUACGUGACGGCCGUGCCGACGAGGAACGGUUCCGUAGAGCGGUUGUCUUACGGGAUUGUUGUGGCGCCCUGCGGCUGCUUGCCCGGGUGUGAUAAGGUGCAGUACCCGUCCGAGAUGGUAACGGGCAGGAUGAAUCGGUCGUUCUCGUUUAACGCCAUAUCGUUUUUCAAAGACAUCCAGCUGCAGAAUCAAAGCCUGGUGCACAUUUAUCUGGCCGAUCUGACCGCGACCCACUUCCGAAUGGACAUUUCUUUUUCUUUCCUUCUAGCGUCCUUUGGUGGCAUUUUGGGACUUUUUCUCGGCUUUAGUAUAAUUACUGGCUUUGAAAUGGUUUACUACUUCUCCAUUCGCUUGCUGUUUGAUGCGAUUGCGAAGAAGAGCGACAAACGGAACGCGUCCAGUGCGGGUCAGCUGUGAAGCGUUUUCGGUCGCGC